CACAACCCAAAUCUGCCGCCUUGUCUGCCUUCUUACGCAGCCCGAGUCUACCUAGAACCAGGCAACUAUCGUCUGGAUGGCCUCGCCAUCGGCAGCCGCCAGCGGCGAUGGGGCGUCGUUGCCUUCGGCAUCGUGCUGGGACGGUCGGAGGCGUCGGGUGAGUUACUUCUAUGAGCCCACCAUCGGCGACUACUACUACGGGCAGGGCCACCCGAUGAAGCCCCACCGCAUCCGUAUGGCCCACAAUCUCGUUGUGCACUACGCCCUCCAUCGCCUCAUGGAGAUCUCCCGCCCCUUUCCUGCCUCCGCUGCCGACAUCGUCCGCUUUCACUCCGAGGAGUACGUCGACUUCCUCGCCUCCGUCUCGCCCGCCACCGCUGCCCUCGUUUCCGCGCAAGGGCAACUCGCGUACGACUCCGCCUCCGCCUCUGCGUCCGCUCGACAGCUAAAGCGGUUCAACGUUGGAGAGGACUGUCCCGUAUUCGAAGGCCUCUUCGAGUUCUGCCAGGCCUCCGCCGGCGGCUCCAUCGGCGCCGCCGUGAAGAUCAACCGCGGAGAUGCCGACAUUGCCAUCAACUGGGCCGGCGGACUACACCACGCCAAGAAGUGCGAGGCCUCCGGCUUCUGCUACGUCAACGACAUUGUCCUCGGCAUCCUUGAGCUCCUCAAGUACCACAGGCGUGUACUUUAUGUGGACAUUGAUAUCCAUCAUGGAGAUGGUGUUGAAGAGGCUUUUUUCACAACUGACAGAGUCAUGACUGUGUCAUUCCACAAAUAUGGGGAUUUCUUUCCUGGAACUGGCCAUAUAAAGGAUGUUGGGUUUGGGCAAGGAAAGUACUAUGCUCUAAAUGUUCCUCUAAAUGAUGGGAUGGAUGAUGAUAGCUUCCGGGCACUUUUUAGACCUGUCAUCCAAAAGGUUAUGGAGGUUUAUCAACCUGACGCGGUGGUUCUUCAAUGUGGUGCUGAUUCAUUGGCAGGGGACAGACUAGGUUGUUUCAACUUGUCUGUGAAAGGCCAUGCAGAUUGCCUACGAUAUCUAAGAUCCUUCAAUGUGCCUAUGAUGGUUUUAGGUGGUGGUGGGUAUACCAUGCGCAAUGUUGCUCGCUGUUGGUGCUAUGAGACAGCAGUUGCAAUUGGAGUGGAACCAGACAAUAAAUUGCCUUAUAAUGAAUAUUACGAGUAUUUUGGUCCUGACUAUAAUCUUCAUAUUCAACCAAAAAGCAUGGAGAACAAAAACUCUUCAAAAGAACUGGAAAAUAUUAGAAUUAUGUUGAUGGAUUAUCUUUCAAAAAUUGAACAUGCUCCAAGUGUACAGUUCCAGUCAAGGGUGCCUGAUACGGGAGUGCCUGAAGAGGCUGAAGGAGACAUGGACCAUCGUAGGCAAGCCAAACUAUGGAGUGGUGAGCAUUAUGAUUCUGAGUUCGAGGAAGGCCAACAACCUGAACCUGAAAACAUAUCUUGAUUAUUGUCUGUCAGUAGAAAUCUACUAUAGAGUUUAUUAGGAUCUCCAAGGAUUAGUCCCACGUGAUAAUUACUAGGGAUCUUCAAGAGAAGAUUCAAACACAUCUGAAAAGGGGAUGAAGGAGAAGACGUGAUAGAGAGAACUAUUUGGGACUGACUUGAUUUCCUCUUUAUUGUAAGUUAUUACAUUUAUUGCAACUCCUAUGAACUUGAUUUAACCUAAUCAGCUCAAAUAAAAUCGAAGCUACCUUGGAGCAA